AUGAGCUCCUCUCAUGAUCAGACACCGAGUGCAUAUCCGCAAGUUCCGAUCCUCCCUGACCACGAUGGGUGGUACAGGCCUACAGAGGCAGAGUCCAGUGCCCUUGACGCGAACAAUCAAAUAGACUCCUCCUCGAGAGAAUCGAGAUCGGUUGGGAGCAAAGACGGAACGGAAGACAAUCUGAAGAUGGAUAAAGAAGAUAGAAGUAAUGAGAUGGAAGAUAUUGAUGAGGGCGACGCUGAAAGACAUAACCUAAUGCUUUUGAACGUUUCUCCUACCCCGCAUCCCGGUCAUACCGAUGUCUUUCAAUGGUCGAAGUAUUCUAUGAAUGCAAGUUUCACCUUAGUCUCCCCUGCAUCAAUUAUACGGAUAUCAUUGGCUCAUUCGAUCUCAUUAUCUCAUUUUGCGCAGAGUUCCACUGAACAGAAUGCUACUACUCCAGUGCUGGAUAUUCCUGUAACGCCUGUAUCAAAUGAGGUCUGUGAUCAAGGAGGGAACCAACGUAAGUUGGAAGAAGACAAAAACACUACUUCACUUCCACUAUCAGAUAUACAUGCUAUUCUUGCAUCGAAUGAGGCAUCGAAGGAGGUCUGUAAUCAAGGAGAGAACGAUGUAGAUCAAGGCAAUAGGGCUGAAGACAAACCUGGUCUUCCAGCACCACACAUGAAUCUCCUAGAUUUGAUUUUACUUGAUCGGCAAGGGACUAAAAUCUUGUUCACUAUAGGUUCUUUAAGUUACUUGCUUUUUCUGAUUAGAGCACUCUGGAAGAUCGGAACUAUGUUUCUUCAUCAACCACUGACUGGUUUUGGUCAUUCGGCUUUGAGUGUUGGGCUGCUUGUUUUCAUUCAAUAUAAUGCCCCCCAAAUUCAGGGCAGAGAUCAGAGGUCUGGGCUUCUCCGACUUGCUAUCGACAUGGUCAUCUUCAUCGGUGCUUUUAUCUGCACUUCCAUUAUGUGGUCAAUGAUCUGCGUGAUCGGAGACUUAGCCAGUGUAGCAUUGUCUGUAAUCAGGUUGUAG